ACCUGAAGAGCCCGGGCUGAGGCCUCCUCAUGGAUGAGACAAACGGGACGUCAUUUAUUGCUGAAGAUUCUGUGAACGCCUCUGCCAGCAGGAACACCUCCGCUGGGGACCAGCGUCGGGAAAUCCCAGUUUUGCACUGGGUGAUCAUGACUGUUUCCCCGCUGGGCUUUGUUGAGAAUGGGAUUCUCCUCUGGUUCCUCUGCUUCCGGAUGAGAAGAAACCCCUUCACCGUCUACAUCACCCACUUGUCUGUUGCAGACAUCUCGUUACUCUCUUGCAUUUUUAUUCUGACUGUUGACUACGCUUUAGAUUACGAGCUCUCUUCCAGCUACUACUACACCAUUGUCACGUUAUCAGUGACGUUUCUCUUUGGCUACAACACAGGCCUCUAUCUGCUGACAGCCAUUAGUGUGGAGAGGUGCCUAUCCGUCCUGUACCCCAUCUGGUACCGAUGUCAUCGCCCCAAGCACCAGUCAGCCUUCGUCUGUGCCCUCCUGUGGGCACUUUCUUGCUUGGUGACCACCAUGGAGUACGUCAUGUGCAUUGACAGCGAAGGGCAGACCCACUCUCGAAGCGACUGCAGGGCGGUGAUCAUCUUCAUCGCUGUCCUGAGCUUCCUGGUCUUCACUCCCCUCAUGGUGGUGUCCAGCGCCAUCCUGGUGGUGAAGAUCCAGAAGAAGUCGUGGGCGUCCCAUUCCUCGAAGCUGUACCUGGUCAUCACGGUUACCAUUGUCGUGUUCUUCAUCUUCGCCAUGCCCAUGAGGCUCCUCUACCUGCUCUACUACGAGUACUGGUCGACCUUCAGAAACUUGCACCACGUCUCUCUCCUCUUCUCUACCAUCAACAGCAGCGCCAACCCGUUCAUUUACUUCUUCGUGGGCAGCAGCAGGAAGAAGCGGUUCAAGGAGUCCUUAAAAGUGGUUCUGACCAGAGCUUUCAAAGAUGAGAUGCAACCCAGGCGCGUGGAAGACACCACCGUCACCCCUGCAACCGAGACCGUCGUCUGAUGGGGGAGGGAGAUUGUGGACAAAAACAGUGGGAUGCUGGCGAGCUGCAGUGUGUGCUUGGAAUGAAGGCACCAGAAGUAUCUCCUAAACAUGAUACAGAAGGACGCCCCAUCCCAUGCGCAGGAGACGCGAAUUAAGGCUGAGAUUGCGUUCUUGUGCUGUACCUCCUGGAAAUGCCUAAACACGUGUCAGACCUCUAUCCUUUCUGCACCUUCCAAAAAACUCCUUCUGUUCCUCCUCAGGUCUUCUGGCAGCAUCUCCUCAUGAACUAUCAACAUUACGCCAACAGGAAGGUUGACAGAUGUGCACAGGAAAAGGCAAAAGUAUUUGAUAGACCUUGAGAAGGCUGAGCCAUGAGCAAGAAGAACGUGGGUUUUGGAUUCAGGUUGACUCUGUCUUUGCUGCUUCUGUGACCUCAGGUUUAACCCGCAGGGUCUCAUUUCCUCACCUACAAAAUGUAACAGUAAUAGUCCACGGCUCCCAGGCUUGUGGGAGGGUGAAAUGGGACGACCAGGUAAGGGAAGCAUCUGGCACAAGUCAGUGUUAAGAAGCCGUCAGUCUCUCUGACUCCUUCAAGUGGAAGAAGAACUACGUAUUUCCAUUUUGUAGGGUUCACGCACACACAGCUCUGUCGUGUACGGAUGCUUCCAUGCGUCCUGUGAUGCUGAGUGUAAUUUAUGAGGGUCUCCUUUCUGUUUGCUGCAUGAAGACUUUUUGUGGGAUGACACCUCUGCUGCAAACACCUGCAGAUGCUGUGACACCCCAUGUGCCAGAGCGUGAUUUCGGGUUGUGAGGGGAAACACUUGGCCACCAGUACAGGAAUUUCUCACGGCCUCCUUUCCCUCUGGG